GACAGUAGUCUCCGUCUAUGUUACAUUGCACUCUAUAAUUUGGGGUAUAAAACUAUAUUUAACUCCUGCACGACCUUCAUCCUAAAGGACAAUAGUUAUUGAAGCAAGCUUCACUGAUCACUCCUCAACAAAGGGUUCACAGAAGGUUUUUUUUGUAGCAUUUGUCGUGAAAUCAUCAGGCUGAGGAGCAUAAUAUCGACCUAAAUUUCAUGCUUAAAUGUUGUCUUUUAGCGUUCAUCUUAUGCACAUCCUUUCAGCUAAACUUGUCAUUUACCCUUUGUAUUCUGCUAAUUCUGUUCUAAUCAAAGAGAACACGUUUAAUUAAACCAACAGCAGAAAAAUAUGAAAAUGCAUUGUAGUUCCCACAAUGUUGCCGCAGCCAUCUUCAUAUCGACGAGCUUUGUACACUCCAAACACCUACUAUAAGUACUGCAACAUUUAGGUUCGUAUCAGAUAUCCACGAAAGCAGUAAACAAGAAGUGACUACUAUCAAUUCAUGGCAAUGUUGAACCGUUUCUUCUUACUGGUAGCCUGUUUUGCGGUGAUUGAGAUAAUAAUGGCCGGUGAUCCGGACAUCCUGACUGAUUUCAUAGUCCCAUCAAACGUGACCUCAGUUAACAGCAGCUUGUUUACGUUCACUGGCUUCAGGGCACUUCUUGGUGGAGAAAGCCCCCCUGCUUUUAAGGUCUUGAAAGCAAGCAUGGCUGAGUUCCCGGCUCUCAAUGGCCAGAGUGUGUCGUAUGCUGCUCUCCAGUUCCCUGCAGGCGCCACGAAUCCUCCCCACACUCACCCUCGGGCAUCUGAGCUUCUCUUCGUGGUCGAUGGAACUCUGGAAGUCGGCCUAAUUGACACGAGCAACAAGCUUUACACUCAAACCCUUCAAACUGGUGACUUGUUUGUGUUUCCUAAAGGGCUUGUUCACUUUCAGUUCAAUGCUGAUGCAAAGAAGUCUGCUUUGGCGAUUUCUGCAUUCGGGAGUAGUAGUGCAGGAACUGUUUCGAUUCCAAGCACAGUGUUCGCCACUGGGAUUGAUGAUAACAUCUUGGCUCUUUCGUUCAAGACUGAUGUGGCAACAAUUCAGAAGAUCAAGGCCGGUCUCGUCCCUAAGCCUUGAAGAGUUAACAUCUACCGAUUUAUUGUAUUGAAUAAAAAUUCUUUCAUGAUGUACUUGCAUUCUUGAACCUAUUUGUGGUACUUCUUAUAAUUUUUUCUUACAAAUUACAAGCACU